AUGCUAAGCAAUAUUAUUGCAUUAAGUCUAAUGAAGACCCAUGAAAGGUUGUCAGCCAGUGUACGAAUUCCUCGUGAAAGCAAUAUCGAUAUAAACAAUUAUAUUGACAAGAUAAAUGGCUGUACACAAUCAAAUAUAAUUGAUUUAACAGAUGAUAAGGAUACUUCAAUGCAUUUGUACCAUAUUGAAGAGGGACAAUACAUAUGCCUUGUUGGAGGUAUUUUCAUUGGAUCAGAUUCUGAGAUUAUUGGCCUUGUGGGUUUCCCAGACAACGAAUAUAAUUUUGAAUACACUAACCCUAUUCAAAAUCCACUAGUUUCUGUUGGAAAGGUUGACAAUUUAGAUUUAAAUACAAAAUAUCCAAUGACCAGAAUUAACUGUAAAGACACAACAAAGAGUUGCGCAAUACAAGCGUUAAAGUUACCACCACCUUGUUACAUGAAUGUAACAGAUUCAGAUAUGGGACCAGUCGAAUUUUCACAUAAAGUCGUUCUAGAUACUAAAAGACAAGGCAGCCAUACUUUCAAAGAAUAUGUAAUUGAAAAAUCUGAUGGAGCAAAGUAUUUUCUUACAACAGCUGUUUUAAUUUCUAAAAGUUCUAGGAAGUUCGAAUUUUCGAAGCCAGAUGAUCUCGAUAUUGAGUCAAAUCCAGAUCAAUUUUUAGACACAUAUACAAACAAAACAAUGUCUAAUAAAUGCAUUUAUACGAUUGAGCUUACUUCCAUUGAUAAAACUGAAGGAAUAAAAGAACUCAAUUUUAGAUAUGAUGAGAUUCCAGAUACAGAAACUAAGGAACCAUUUUUGUUUAGAGAAGAUCUCAGUCUCACACUUCCAACUAAAUAUGGUUUAUACACAAUUGAAAAUGCAAGUCAACUAUGUCCUCUAGAUCCAGAUCUUCCAUCACCAACGCCAUCACCGAAACCAACUUAA